AUGGCUACCCCUAGCGUUCUCACCUUUGAUGCUGAGGGUCGGGCUGUCGACUUUGAUGUCUGGGUCGAUGAUCUGCAGCUUUUCCUGCAGUGCGAUAGGAAAGACGGUCUCUCACUAUUCGAUCUCACGUUUGGCGCCUAUCCUACCCCUGCUGCCGAUGCUGACAGUACUGUUAGCUCCCAGUGGGUCACACGCGAUGCUGCUGCCCGUCUUCCUGUGCGCAGUCACUUGCCGUCCACUGAGCGCGCGCACUUUAGUCAGUACAAGAGUGCUAAGACAUUGUGUGACGCUGUAGUUGCACACUACUCUUCCCCUGCCACUGCUGCUCUUAGCCGCCUCAUGCUGCCAUACCUGGACCACUUCCUCUCUGUUUGCCCCACCACACUCACCGAUGACCUCCUCGAGGAGUGCCUCCUGGCAGCAGAGAAGAGUAUAGACGCUGUAGGAGCCUCUCAUGGUGACCCUCGUGCCCCAUUCUUUGAGGGGUGCUCCCCCUUCCCCCUUUUGCCCUCUGUUGCCUAUGCUGCUGCCGUCGACUUCGUUGGCACCGAGUCGGUCGGCGCUGCGUCUGCCCCUAGCGGGAGACGCCGCACCGGCAAGGGCAAGGGGGGCAAGGGCGCUGGAGGGGCUGGCAGAGGCGGUGGAGGUGGCGGUGGAGGCGGCGGAGGGAGUGGGGGUGGUGGUGGGAGUGGUGGCGGGGGUGGGGGCUUCGGUGGCGGCAGUGGUGGCGGAGGCGGCGGCGGCGGUGGCGGUGGGAGCGGAGGAGGAGGCGGUGGCGGCGGUGGCGGAGGUGGCGGCGGCUUCGGUGGUGGUCAGCGCCAGCAGCAGCGGCGCACUCGUGAGACCCCCCCCCCCCCCACCCAGCAGCUUCGUGAGUGGUACGCUGCGCGUCAACGGGGUGGGGGUGCUGGUCCCUGUGCCUGCGUCCUGCGUAUUGGCGACCGCACUGGUGAGCCGUGCGGUGGCCCGCACACCACCCAACGUUGCUUCGGCUGCCUGACGGACGCUUGGCGUCUCCAAUUCCCUGACGCCAGUGAGAUCCCACGCUGGGGUGAGCUGCUUAGGUCGAGGGUUGCUAUCUUUGAUCUGGAUUAUGAUGCUAUCCUUGCUGCCAUGUAUGUUGUGUCUACUAGUGAUGAGGGUGACUGUUACCUGUGUGUUCCGCCUGACCCAGGCAUUGACGCUGCUGCUCUAGGUGCUGGUGAGACUGCUGCUCUAGGUGCUGGUGAGGCUGCUGCUCUAGGUGCUAGUGCGUCUGCUGCCCCAAGUGCUGGUGAGUCUGCUCUCUCAGGUACCACGUCGGCUCAGGCCUUACACACCUUCACCCUUGACUCGGGUGCUUCCCGCUCCUUCUUUCGAGACCGCACCACGCAUACGCCACUUAGUCGGCCAGUUGCGGUCUCCCUCGCGGACCCCUCUGGGGGUCCUGUCCUUGCCCACUUCUCCACUGUCUUACCGUGUCCGGCGGCCCCCUCCGGCACCCUGUCAGGUCUCUACCUCCCCUCGUUCUCUUCAAACUUGGUGAGUGGUGCUGAUCUACAGGAUGGGGGGGUUGACGAGUUUACUCCUGCGAGUCAGCUGGUGACCCACUGUAUGUGUGCUCGGACGGGCCGACACUUGGCCACGUUUACCCGUCAGCCGGGGUCGAGCCUGUACACACUGACUACCGAGUCUCCUCCUGUUGCUGAGUCUGGUCAGGUAGCUGCGUCACGUCAGGUGUUUGCUACAGCGUCCAGGUCUAUCCUGAGUCUGCUCCCUGCUCGUGUCGUCUCCUGUCCCACCAGACUCUCCUCUGGCACCACCGCCUUGGUCACCCCUCCCUGCCUCGUCUCCGAGGCAUGGCCUCCCGUGUCCUUGGGCGGCGACGGGGCCGCGGAAAGGGGUGGCGACGGGGCCACGGAAAGGGGCGGCGACGGGGCCGCUAAAGGGCGGCGACGAGGCCGCUAA